AUGUGCCCAGGCUCCAGCUGGAGAUGGAACUUGCUGCCCCGAGAAAAUAAAGCCACAGACCCAAGCAUGUUGGAGCAGGACUGGUUGGCUAUCCAGAAUUUCUGUGAGCAGGUGAACACCGAUCCCACCGGCCCAACACAUGCGCCUUGGCUGCUGGCCCACAAAAUCCAGUCUCCACAAGAGAAAGAAGCUCUUUACGCUUUAACGGUGCUGGAGAUGUGUGUGAACCACUGUGGAGAGAAGUUUCACAGCGAAGUGGCCAAGUUCCGCUUCCUGAAUGAGCUUAUCAAACUCUUGUCCCCAAAGUACUUAGGGUCCUGGUCCACAGAAAAAGUGAAAGGAAGAAUCAUCGAAAUACUCUUUAGUUGGAUGGUCUGGUUCCCAGAGGACAUCAAGAUCCGAGAUGCUUAUCAAAUGCUGAAGAAACAAGGAAUCAUAAAGCAAGACCCCAAGCUACCAAUGGACAAGAUAUUACCUCCACCUUCUCCCUGGCCCAAGAGCUCCAUUUUUGAUGCUGAUGAAGAAAAGUCAAAGCUUCUGACAAGGCUUCUGAAGAGCAACCACCCUGAGGAUCUCCAGGCUGCGAAUCAGCUGAUCAAGAAUCUGGUCAAGGAGGAGCAAGAGAAGUCAGAGAAGGUGUCAAAGAGGGUCAGUGCAGUGGAGGAAGUCCGCAGCCAUGUGAAAGUACUACAGGAAAUGCUGAGCAUGUACCGCAGGCCAGGCCAGGCCCCACCAGACCAGGAGGCCCUGCAGGUUGUAUAUGAAAGGUGUGAAAAGCUGCGGCCCACCCUCUUCCGACUGGCAAGUGACACCAUCAAUGAUGACGAUGCCCUCGCGGAGAUUCUCCAGGCAAAUGACCUCCUCACCCAGGGCGUUCUCCUGUACAAACAGGUGAUGGAGGGCCGAGUCACGUCUGUGAAUACAGUGACCAGCCCACCAGGAGAGAGAGAGCUUCAGACUCCCGCAGACUGCGUGGAAAACUGCCCUCUGAUUGACUUGGAGGUAGACAGUGAGUCUGAACAGGCUGGGUCAUUGGUGCCAUGUCUGCUUCAUCAGGACCUGGCAGCCUUAGGCAUCAGUGACGCCCCUGUUACAAACAAGGUUGCCUGUCAGAAGAAUCCUCCUCCCAGCACAGUGCCAGGUGGUGUUCAGAGCCCUUCUGCAGAAAGCAACUUGCUGGACUUCUUCUCAGCACAGCCCUCUCCGGGCCCUCUGAGUUCUGUACCCCAGAAAAGCAUUCCUAAGGAGGUACCACCAGGUACUAAGUCCUCUCCAGGUUGGUCCUGGGAGGCUGGCUCACUGACUUCUCCUUCUUACCAAAAUACACCUCUGGCCCAACUGUUUGUCCCUUUGGAGGCCGUCAAACCCAGUAAGUGCAGUUUCAUCCCUCCCCUUAUCGUGUAUGAUCGGAAUGGAUUCAGAAUUCUACUCCACUUGUCCCAGACGGGAGCCCCUGGCCACCCAGAGGUGCAGGUGUUGCUAUUGACCAUGAUGAGCACUGCUACCCAGCCUGUGUGGGACAUCAUGUUUCAAGUAGCUGUGCCAAAGUCAAUGAGAGUGAAGUUGCAGCCAGCAUCCAGCUCCAAGCUUCCUGCGUUCAGUCCAUUGAUGCCUCCAGCCAUGAUCUCUCAGAUGUUGCUGCUCGAAAAUCCACACAAAGAGCCCAUCCGGUUGCGAUAUAAGCUGACAUUCAACCAGGGUGGACAACCUUUCAGUGAAGUAGGAGAAGUGAAGGAUUUCCCAGACCUGGCUGUCUUGGGGGCCGCUUAACUUUUCACAAGAUGAACCUUGCUGUCCAAGCUUAGGCCAGUCUCUCACCACCCAGUCAGGACUGGCCAGUGAUUUCUGUGCAGAGUGCCAAGCGUUCUCUCCUGCCAUCAGCUCUGGGCGCCGCUCUCUGACUUACUCUACAGAUGCUGUUUGUGUGAGAGGGUGUGGGGAGGGCAGAGGGGGCCUUGGGAUGUGUGAGAUGCAGAAUAAUUUUCGAUUAUCCACCAACACAAUCAUACGUGUUUCUGCACAUUGAUGGACACAGUUCCUGCCUGAGGUUGGAGGUUUAAUACGCCAAAGGUUUAUUUCAUGUAUUUAUCUGUCCAUCCAUCCGCUUUGUGCCUUGUCAGACUUUGAAAGUCUUGGUUGCUCAGGGACCUUACAGGGAUCUGGUUGGUCUUGGUGCAGAGGGUAUCCUGGGGCACUCUCUUCCAAGAAAAACUGUGUCUCCAAUUUCAUUAGCGGAUGCUGCUGCCUACAUGUGUUUAGGAGAAUUGCGUGGAAUGCUUACUGCACUGUUUCUACACCAAAGGACCACCCUUGGUGGGCCAUUCAUAUCCUUUACCACCGUGCCUUAGACCUGCCUAUAGAUUGACUCCCUCGGGACCAAGGGGAAAGCAGAUCCCAGACCUCAAGUUCCAUGGGUUGGGCAAUCUGUUUGGACCCUUUGGGACCCUCAUCUCCAUCCCCCUCCUCUUCCUCAAGCAUUUACUGAGCUCUUUGACUGUGACGGUGUGCAUUGUAAAUCAUUAUCAAACAGACCAGCCCUUGCCUGUUGGUAAAGAACUGUAAUGCAAAUAGAUAGGGCAAGAGUUUAGCAGUGAUGUUAAGUGGUACCUAAAUAUAGAAACCAUUGAAUAAAUACCUUGUAGCAAAUAUACUCUGUGAGCUGUUGAGUACAUAGAAGAUACAGUUGCGUUUUGACAUGAUUGGACCUAGAGGAAAUGAUCAUUUAUUUAUGUGGAGAAGACCUCCUGAAGGAUGUGAAACCUCAUGGGAUAGAUACUUCAGUGACCAGAGAAACCCUGCUGAUCUGAAGGUGGUCUGAUCCGAAGGUGGUUGUCUUUGUUGCACGGAGAGGUUCAUGCUUAGUCAAGUCAUGUAUUGUGAGCACUGAUGAUGUGCUGGGCAUUUUGAUCUGCACAUUGAACCGAGUCUUGCUUGGCCUGCCUGGUCAGUGAGAGAUGGAGCCUGAUGGAGGGAGGCCAAGUGCCCUGAUGAAGGGCCUUGCAGUCUGAGCAGCUGACUGACUGGACUGGGUUCUCCCUCGGGGACUACAAGCUUCUGUCUAGGUCAAUUCACCACAAGUCUGGUACCUAAGAGGCUGAACGUUAAGCUUCUCUAUAAAGUUGGAACUCCACCAAAACUAAACAGUGGCCAUGGGAGCUGUAAAAGGGAAACUAUCUCAAGCAAAUGUGAAAACUCAGAACAGUGAUGGAGUGAUUUCAUUUGGCACAACUCAUGUAAGAUUUAUUUUAACCUACAAUUACGUUUUUUUAAGUGUUCUGUGUAGCUUGUAUAGGCUCCAUACAUAUUACAUAAAAGCUUUAGGAUACACCUCCGUAACGCUAGUGUGUGCCCAUGAAGAACUUCACCCCAAAAUAUGUAAUGACGGUCUAACUUUGAAAAGACAAGAGUUGUGGUCUCUUAAUCUGGGGGUGAAUCCAGGUUUGUGUGCCUGAAUAUUCACCUGACUUGGGGAGGGAGACUGCCUCCUGUGGUACUGUUUCAGUUUAGCUGGGUAAGAUGCCAUGGUGAUGGAGGGAGUGCCCUGAAAGUGUCCCUGGUUAAUGUUGAUGCCUUCUAAGAGGCACUUGGAGCCUCACUCGCCUCUUUCUGGCCAAUAAGUGCUUAUUGUUCAGCUACCAGGCACUGUGGCAGGAACUGCGGCAACAGUGGUGACGACUUCCUGCCUUUGAACCUUACUGUGGAGAAAGGAAAGUUGAUGUUAGCUCUGGGGGAAAUUUGGCGCUGACCAGCGGUUUUAAUGUUGAUGCCUUCUAAGAGGCACUUGGAGCCUCACUCGCCUCUUUCUGGCCAAUAAGUGCUUAUUGUUCAGCUACCAGGCACUGUGGCAGGAACUGCGGCAACAGUGGUGACGACUUCCUGCCUUUGAACCUUACUGUGGAGAAAGGAAAGUUGAUGUUAGCUCUGGGGGAAAUUUGGCGCUGACCAGCGGUUUCCCCGUUCUGAACUCCUUCCAGCAUCCAGUCCACUCAUCCUUUUUCUCUCUUUAAUACUGUAUUUUUGGUAAUACGUUCAGCAGAAAACAGGGCCUUUUCAGUGACAUUGGUUACAUUCUUCACAUUAUUAAAAUGCUCGUUAUGUCUAA